AUGGUGAACAUUGACGAAAUCGAAGUUUUUAUUGUGUCCUCAAUGUCUAAACAGAUCAAUACAAAUGGAUUUCGAGCCGUCGUUACUGCAGAAUCAGUAGCCAUGCUUAACGAUCCACACGUGACUUACAAUCAGUAUCAACACUUCCCCGUGAAGAAAUCUGGUAAUGAAGGACUGGCAUUUUCACACAGACAAGAGUUCACUUCCAACCUCCUCAGAGGGAUUUCGAAUUUCAGUGGCGAACAAAGAGGAACAGUAAAAGAGGAGAAAAGCGCCUAUGACUUUGAAUAUUCUUUCAAACUUCUUGCGCUUCGAAGUAUUCUAGAAGUCAUGUUUCUUUCGUUAGAGAAGGAUCUCGAAGUCAUGAAGGUGUCGAUUGAGUUACUUUUGAACACACUUGAAAAAGAAAUCCGUUCGAAGACAGUUGAAAAAUUACUUGUUUCCGCUCAUCAAUUGAGAGACUUCACCGGCAAAUGUGUCAAUCUAAAAAAUUGUCUGGACAAGAUGUCUGAGCAAGCCUCACAAUACUUUCAAAGUCGAGAAAAUCCGGCCAUUCGGAAGGCCUUUGCAGAGACUGAGGAGGAGCAAGCUUUGAAUGUCAUACAUCACACAGACUUAUUGACGUUGAUAGAACAGUAUUCAGCCGAUGAGAUCAUAGAAGAGAGGCACCUUCAAAUGAAAGAAGACACGGCCAAUCUCAUUAUCAAUACCAAUCAACUUGAUCUCGUUUAUCUCGGUUUAAAAUUGGAGGUCCUUGCAGUUGGGGUUACCCUCGGUGCCUUAUUGACCGGUACCUUUGGAAUGAAUCUUAAAAGCGGUAUUGAAGAAACAGAUUGGGCGUUUGCGAUCGCAUCUGUCAUAAUUUUUACACUUUCCGGUGGUGUCAUUUUGGUUGGUUUUCACCUCAAUGUAUAA